GAACAAAUGUACAAAAAGAAAUCGAUGAGUUGAAGGCAACAGUGGAAGCGUUGGAAAACGAAAAAGCCGAAAUGGUGGAAAAAUUAUCGGAAGCCAAGCAGCAAGGUGUUAAAGCAGUACGUUGCGAAGAGGAGGAAAAACGGCAAGACCUGAUCAAGGAGAUGGAGAGGAAAAGAGCGGAGGAACGCGAGGAAGAUGAGCGUCGAUUUCAGGAGCUGAUUAAGAAAAAUGUUCGUUCUUUUCGGCAAGUUGAGGCGAGAUCCUUUCUUCCUUUUUUUUUUUGUACAUACCUUUCCAGAUUAUCGAAACAGAACUGGGAAAGCUAA